AUGGGCCAUAACCAAAUCCGCUUCCCGCAGGUAAACGAGCAUGAUGUUGAGACAGCAAUGAUGUUUUCGACCGAAGCCGCUGACCCAGAUGGUGAGCGCCGACCACUACUCGCUGAACAGGGCAAAGAUCCUCACUUGGUGGUCUUAACCGGCCCCCAUGACCCCUUGGAUCCGCUGCAUCUCCCGCCAUGGAGAAAAUGGUUCUGCGCCAGCAUCCUGGGAGCAAUGACCUUUGCAGCAACCUUUUCAAGCUCGGUUUUCAGUGCGGCUGCCAGGGUGACUGCUCAGGAAUUCGGAGUGGCGCCCGAGACCAUGGCUCUGGCAACAUCGCUUUACGUUAUUGGCUUCGCAACAGGACCGGUUCUGAUGGGCCCGGCGUCGGAAUUGUACGGGCGCAAAACGCCCUUCUUUGUCGGCUAUCUGGGAUUCAUUCUCAGUCAAGUUCCCGUUGGACUGGCUUCGAAUGUGGAGACCGUCCUGCUCUUCCGCUUCCUCGGCGGCGUUGCCUCGUCAGCAUCUCCAGCCAUUGUGGGCGGAUAUCUGGCCGAUUUCUUUCCUCCCAUCGAGCGCGGGGUUGCAGUCGCCAUCUUCGCUGCAACCACCCUGAUCGGUCCUUCUGCCGGUGCCAUCAUCGGGGCAGUCGUGGUACAAAGCUCCCUCGGUUGGCGCUGGACUGCUUGGUUCUCGAUGAUAAUGGGUGUCGUAUUCGGCGCAGUUGGGCUUUUGGUCUUGCCCGAAACCUACGUGCCCGUCCUCCUGAAGAGAAAGGCCCGGCAACUUCGGUUCAAAACCAAGAAUUGGGCGCUACAUUCCAAGCUGGAGGAGACUCCUGUUGAUUUUAGAGACUUUGUUGUUCGCUAUCUCAGGCGACCGUUUCUCAUGCUUUGUCUAGAGCCUAUACUGCUUUUGAUGACGUUGUAUAUCUCAUUCACAUUUGGCAUGGUCUAUCUACUGUUUGUGGCCUAUCCGAUCAGUUUCGUCCAGCAGAGAGGUUUUGAUCCGGUUGUCGGAGCACUGCCUUUCAUUGCUAUUAUCAUUGGCAUCAUCAUUGGCUCCGUGUCUGUUGUCUAUUAUACGUUAACAAUCAUGAGGCAGAAGUUGGUCCAAAAUGGCCAAGUGGUACCUGAGGACCGUCUCCCUCCGAUGAUCGUCGGUGCUUGUCUGCUUGCAGUUGGCUUGUUUUGGUUUGCUUGGGCGUCCUCCCCCACCAUGAACCCGUGGCCGCAGAUCAUUGCCGGUGUGCCCAUUGGGAUUGGAGUACAGGUCGUUCUGCUGCAGUCAUUAGCAUAUCUUAUUGAUAUUUAUACCACCAACGCCAAUUCGGCCAUUUCAGGCACCGUCAUCGUGCGCUCUUUGAUUGGCGGUGGCUUUCCUUUAUUCGCCGUCCCUAUGUAUCAACGGUUUGGGGUGUUCUGGGCUUCAAGCUUCCUCGGCAUCUUUGCGGUUCUGUUCGUCCCCAUCCCUAUCCUUUUUUAUUUCUAUGGAGCGAAGAUUCGCUCCUUCAGCAAAUACGUUCCCCAGCUAUAA